AUGUCUUUGCUUGCUCUCAGCCACAGUGCUCAAGCAGACGAUAACGAUCGCCUGUGUAGACUGUGCAUCGAGCUGACAUUUAGUAAUCUGCUCAAGACAGCAGACAACCAAAAUCGUCUCUGCCACUACUCGCAACCGCAUCACCCUUCCUUUCGAGUUCUCGAAGCCAGCGUGGCUGCGGGAUGCAGACUAUGCACCCUGUUCCGUCAUGCUCUACUGACAGAGUAUGCAAAGUUCUGCGACUGUUCAAUCGUAGAAGUCGAAGCCUACCACCGUGAUCUGGACGACAAUGAUCCCGAUGGCAAGUUCGUCUUCGCCAUCGAGUUGACCUAUGUGCACGUCGAGAAUUGGUCCACGGAUCCCAACCGCUAUGAUGGACUGGUUUAUACACGACACACACGUCCACCCGACGACCCAGAGGAACGAUUGAGCAUGUGGAAAACGGCAGAUGUCCCGCAGGCCGCUUUGGCUAAGAAAUCCGGGUUGCAUCGCCACUCACAAGAUCUUCGUCCUUGGCUGGGCCUAAUCGCGGCUAAUCCACGACAUAGCUGGGUCACAGGUCGGCAGGUCACUUUGGAGCCUAACAUUGAGUUGUGUUCGGAAUGGAUACGAACAUGCUCCGAUGAGCACAGUAUCUGUCCGGCUGCAUAUGACAACACCCUUCCCACGCGCGUGAUCGAUGUAUCCGGAUCAACGGGAUCUAACGUGCGAUUGGACAUCACAUCAGGACGUGCGGGAAAGUAUAUAGCACUCAGCCAUUGUUGGGGCAAUGCCAAAUCACUUCGGACACUUACAACGAACCUGGAGCAACAUCUACAGUGCAUACCCCUGGACUCGUUACCACUUACGUUUCAACAUGCCGUGUUCGCCACUCGUUGCCUAGGCUAUCAAUAUCUCUGGAUAGACUCUCUAUGCAUCAUACAAGACAGCUCCAAAGACUGGCAAACAGAGUGCUCACUCAUGCAGGAUGUCUACUCCGAUGCCGCCGCCGUGAUCGCCGGACCUGGAGCCGGCUCCUCAACAGCCGGCUUUUACUUUCCACGACCUCCGCCCGCCCUACCGCCUUGCUAUCUCCCCAAGAACGAUGGGGAGGGAGACGACGAUCGUAUCCUCGUCACCCUCUCUCCUCUCUCAACAGCAUCUGAUCGUUCCCCCCACCGCGAACCCAACUCACCUCUCUCGAGUCGUGGCUGGAUCCUUCAAGAACGUCUCCUAGCCCCACGCGUCCUUUACUUCGGCACCCAACAGCUCUAUUUCGAAUGCAAUGCCAAGAUGUACUUCGAGUCGAUCUGGCAGCCCAUCAACAGCGGGCAGGCGGAAAACCACAUCGAUCCGAAACCCAUCUUGAACUUCGACCGCGAGGACGCGCGCGAGCGAUACUUGAUCUGGUAUUCCAUCGUGCAGAUCUACUCCUCCUGCGAUCUCACCCAUUCAUCAGAUCGUCUGCCAGCGCUUUCUGGAUUGGCGAGGAGGUGCGCGGGACUGAUGAAUGAUCGAUACCUCGCUGGUUUAUGGGAAGAGCACCUAUUGUACAGUCUACAAUGGCUCGUCAAAAAGCCCGUCACUCAGCCUCGCGCAGCAGUGUACAGGGCUCCCUCGUGGUCAUGGGCUUGCGUCGACCAGCCGACCAUUUACCACCCACUCUUCACCAUGAACUACCUCAGCAGCGAGCACGAAUACCAUCCUCUCAUCCGCAUCCUGCAUGCCCACGCUACGAAGGCUGGACUAGACCCCUAUGGCCAGGUCUCAGGAGCGGACAUCGUGCUCGAAGGGCCACUAAUGCAGUUCUCGACACGCCAGCAAGGAGAUCGAACAUAUGCCGUGGUAGACGGGCACAGCAUAGCGAAUUUCUUCCCCGACUACAACGAUUGGGUCGACAUAACCACCCACCAAGCAUCAACGAUAUCGUUUCUCCCACUCCUCCACUGUACGACCCGCCGAGCAUACAAAUUCUGCGGGCUCGCGAUCGAACGAGUAGAGAGUGCUGACAUCCCAUACGAGAGCGGCGCUGCUAACGAGAAUGAAACGGAGAGCGCCACCAGCAUCAGUGCACCGCAGACAUACCGACGCCUUGGUCUCGUCUACGCGGCUCAGAUGAAGUACUGCGCCGAUCAGACGUGCCGACUAACAGAGGCCGAGCAUGCACUCCCAUGGGCUGGACAGCAAGACCGACGCAUACGCUUGAUCUGA